GUCUCCAGUGCCAGCCUUUGCUCUUCCAAGUUUGAGCAUCCACUCCUCCAGAGAUCUGCUCAGUUUUUGUCACCCGUCUCCCCGACCCGCGCUUGUCAUUCCCACCGCACCAUAUCGCCGACAUGGUUCAGCUCUCGGAAAUCAUGGGCUUCUGUUCCAUCGGUUGCUGGAUCGUUGUGAUUGCUCCCCAGCUCGUCGUCAACUACAGACGCAAGUCCGGCGAAGGACUGUCGUUGACGUUCCUGCUGCUGUGGCUCUUUGCCGAUCUGUUCUCCCUGACCGGCGCCAUCCUCAACAACCUCUUCUACUCCGUCAUCCUGCUGGCGGCCUACUAUACCUUGAUCGACUUGAUCCUGAUGGCCCAGUGGUACUACUACCGCUCGGAUCUCUUCAAGCGCUCCCGUCGCCACCGCCAUCGUCGAGCCAGCGUUGCCAAGCACCUGGAUCCCGAGCACGGCUUGGGCUGCAGUGCCGCAGACACCAGUUCUGGUGACCGCAAGCUGGCUGACGAGACCAAGACCAAGACUGCUGUACCUGGUGCGGCUGCCAUCGACGACAGAGACGACGCCAUUACCCUGGUCGAUGAAAAGCCCAAUCCCGUCAAGUCGACUGCCCAAUCGGCCGGGCGGAUGCUCCUGCUGAUGGGCCUGGUGGCCGUGAAUGUCUACGGCAUGUCCGCUGUCUCGGCUGUCUCGGUCAGCUCCGCGACGGGCUUCUCUGGACGGGUCUUUGCUGCAGAGUCUGCGCCAGUGCCUGCUCAGACGGAGCACCUGAUUGGCGACAUCAUGGGAUACGUUUCCGCCGUGCUGUAUGUCUCUUCGCGUGUCCCGCAGAUCGCCAAGAACUUCAGAGAGCGCUCCUGCGAGGGUCUGUCGGCCCUGAUGUUUGUCUUCACCGUCUGCGGCAACCUGACGUACUGUGCGUCUAUCCUGUGCUACUCGAUUGAGCCUGAGUAUCUUGUCAAGAACACCCCUUGGCUGCUCGGAGCCCUGGGCACGCUGCUGCUCGACUUUAUCAUCUUUGCACAGUUCUACAUGUAUCGGCCAAAGAAAGCGCAAGCGUGAGCAGGCACUGCCGCACCUGCGCUUUGAUUCAUGGGAUGUACAACAUCUCUGCAGCAUAUCAUGUGCCAUCAUUUCCACUGCCCCCCGCGCACUAUUCCCCCUCACACAGUCUGCUGUUACCAUGUUUCCAUUUGUAUGUCAAGUUGCUCGACACCAUAGCUGUCGUCAUGUUCGCACUGUUGUCUCAGUCUUAGCUGGGUCUCGUUGUUUGAAGAUUGCCUUUGCUUUGUAUUGCAUUAUAUGGGUACUAGCACA